AUGUAUGGGUUGGUUUUUUUAUCAUAUUUUGGAUUUAUAGCUGGAUUUAUAUUUCUAACUAUUUGUAUUGGUUAAUAUUAUUGGUGUUUUAUCUGCUGUAUAUUAAUUGAAUUUUAUUUAGCAUGUGGACUAUAUUAUUUAUCAGAGUUUAUAGAAGAAUAUGCAGAGUUUUUUAAGAGAAUAUUAAAACGCCUAAUUUAUGUAGGAAAUCAUGAUUGUUAUUUUUCUGCACUUAAUUCUUCUUAUUGUUGAUGGAUUUCCAUUUUUUUCUAUAAUAUUUUCUAUUUUAUCACAUAUUAUUUAUUUUAUAAAUCUACGGUCAUUUCCAUGUAUUUCUGUAUCUUCAUAUCAAUUUAUAACGGCUAUAAUUUUUACAGUUUUAAACCAUUUAUUAUGGAUUUGGCAUUUUAGAUCGUAUUUCAGUUUAUUAUUAACCUAUCCUUUUGUAUAUACACAUAAGAAAGAUACUAAGGAUUAUACACUUGGUCAAAUCGCAUCAUUUUUUGCUAUUUGUAUCUGGCUUAUACCAUUUUCAUUAUUUGUUUCUUUACCAGCAGGAGAUAAUGUUCUUCCUAUAACAUCCAAUGAUUAUAUAUCAUCUGGAUCAAGUAUAAAUUAUAUGCGAAGCGACAAAUAUAAACGAAUCGGAAUGAUCAAGUCAAUAUUCUCAAAAAUUAAGAUAUCUAUGGAAGUUGCUAUACAAAAUAUUAACUGGAAUAGUCGAAGCCAAAAAAACCCGUGUUAUAUAUAA